CCUGUAAAAACAUGCGGGUACUUGGAAGUGGCAAGAGAAGUUUACUUUUUCCACUUUUAGUUCCAUCAUGGAUUAGUGGACCAACACAGCCACUAUCGGAAGUAUAUCCAGGGACGUAAAACAAAAUCUCUUUUUUAUUUGAUUAAGUGAAGCCAUUCACAACUUAAAGUCAAGUUUGAUCUUUAAACAAAAAAUCAUGUCGUCGGAUCUGCGUCGAAGCUCUGGAACAUCAGGUGGGAGUGGUUCAAGCUCUUCGAGCCGACGUCACGGUCGAGGCAAAGGAACUCAUAAGAGAAAGAAAAAUCAGCACUCUUCAAUGUCACUAACUCAAGAUGACAUCGAUUUCUUAAAAAAAAACACCCGCUAUGAUGAACAAGAAAUCAGAGAAUGGUACAAAGGGUUCAAGGCUGAUUGUCCUGACGGCUUGCUAGACAAAGAUAAAAUUCAGGCCAUGUAUGGAAUGAUUUUGCCAGCUGGAAAUGCAAAAGUUUUUGUGGAUCAAAUAUUUCGAAUCUUUGACAAGGACGGCAACGGCAGCAUUGACUUUAAGGAAUUCAUGAUGGCAACAGAUAUGACAGCUUCUGGUUCACCUGAAGAAAAGUUAAGGUGGGCGUUCAAAAUGUAUGACAAGGACGGCAGUGGAACAAUUGACUUGGCUGAAAUGAUCGAAAUAAUCGGAACUCUUUACGAGAUGGAAGGCGUGAGCAAGGAGUCUGCCUCGGAAAGGGCACAUAAAAUCUUUGGAGAGUUGGAUAUCAAUGGAGACGGGGAAUUAACUACCGAGGAAUUUGUCAAAGGAUGUUUGGAGGAUCCAGAACUUGUAAGAUUGCUCAAUGCUGGUGGAAUAGAAUCAGACAAUGAAGACAAUAUUCCAAAUAAUCUUCAGCCUACUGCUCAAGAAGAAGAGGUGUCGGGGGAUCCCGCAGUCGAAAUUGUUGCUAAAUAGUUUGACUUCACAACUUCAAAAUAAAUAUCUUCUUCUACAUUG